GCGAGAGCAGCAGCUCUGAGAGCAGCUCAGAGAAGUUAACUUUUCCUGCUCCGAGAGUCAGUGAAAUGUUGUUUAUUUUAUCUGCGGGCAGAGGACGUUUCUGAGGACUCACUGAGGGACUUGUGAGACAUGGCAGCCUCUGAACUUUACGCGAAGUAUGCCCGUGUAUGGCUGCCAGAUGCAGGAGAAGUGUGGAGGUCAGCAGAGCUUAUCAAAGAUUACACUCCUGGCGACCUGAAGCUGGCUCUGCAGCUGGAGGAUGGCACGGAGGUGGAACACAAAAUAAAUCCCAAAACCAACAACCUGCCACCACUGAGAAACCCUAACAUCCUGGUGGGCGAAAAUGACCUCACAGCUCUCAGCUACCUGCAUGAGCCUGCAGUGCUACACAACCUCAAAGUGCGCUUUAUCGACUCCAAGACGAUUUACACAUACUGUGGAAUCGUCCUCGUUGCCAUCAAUCCGUAUGAGAGCCUUCCCAUCUAUGAAGAGGACAUCAUCAAUGCCUACUGUGGGCAGAACAUGGGAGACAUGGACCCCCAUAUAUUUGCAGUCGCAGAGGAAGCAUACAAACAGAUGGCCAGAGAUGAAAGAAACCAGUCCAUCAUAGUGAGUGGUGAGUCUGGAGCUGGCAAAACUGUCUCUGCUAAGUAUGCUAUGCGCUACUUUGCCACAGUCAGCUGCUCCUCGGGCGAGGCAAACAUUGAGGAGAGAGUCCUAGCCUCCAACCCUAUCAUGGAGGCUCUUGGGAAUGCCAAGACAACAAGGAAUGACAACAGCAGUCGCUUUGGGAAGUACAUUGAGAUUGGGUUUGACAAGAAGCAUCGCAUUAUUGGGGCCAACAUGAGAACCUACUUACUGGAGAAGUCUAGAGUUGUGUUUCAGGCCCAGGAAGAGAGGAACUACCAUAUCUUCUACCAGCUGUGCGCCUCUGCACAUUUACCCGAGUUCAAAGCCUUCCAGUUAGGUUGUGCAGACGACUUCCACUUCACUAACCAGGGCCAGAGCCCAGUCAUUGAUGGAAUGGAUGAUGCCAAAGACAUGAGUAAAACCAGGAGGGCUUUCUCACGGUUAGGAAUCAGUGAAAGUGAUCAAAUGUCAAUUUACCAAAUUCUGGCUGCUAUUCUCCAUCUUAGCAAUGUGGAGGUGAAGGAUCACUCGGCAGACAAAAGCAGCAUCUUGCCAGACAAUGUCCACCUGAUGGUGUUUUGUGAGUUGAUGGGGGUGCCCAGUGAAGAGAUGGCCCACUGGUUAUGUCACAGGAAACUCAAGACGACCACAGAAACAUAUGUGAAGUCUGUCUCCAAAAUGAAUGCGGUGAAUGGCCGAGAUGCCCUCGCCAAACACAUCUAUGCCAGAAUCUUCAGCUGGAUUGUGGGCAGUAUUAACAAUGCCUUGAGGUCUGCAGCAAAACAACACUCCUUCAUCGGUGUGCUCGACAUUUACGGGUUUGAAACGUUUGAUAUCAACAGCUUUGAACAGUUCUGCAUCAAUUAUGCCAACGAGAAGCUUCAACAACAGUUCAACCUGCAUGUCUUCAAACUGGAGCAAGAGGAGUACAUGAAAGAGGAGAUCCCUUGGACACUGAUUGACUUUGACGACAACCAGCCCUGUAUUGAUCUCAUUGAGGCAAAGCUGGGUGUUCUGGACCUCCUGGAUGAAGAGUGCAAGAUGCCCAAAGGCGCUGACGACUCAUGGGCCCAGAAACUGUACAACACACUCCUGAAGCAGAAUGCUCACUUUGAUAAACCCAGGUUAUCAAACCGAGCUUUCAUCAUCCUCCACUUUGCAGACAAGGUGGAGUACCAGUGUGAGGGUUUCCUGGAGAAAAACAAGGACACGGUCAACGAGGAGCAUAUAAAUGUGCUGAAAAAGAGCCAGGUUGACUGGCUGCGGAAGCUGUUUGAGGAUGACGAGAAGUCAAAAAGUUCAACAAAGAAGCGAAGUGGUGUCUCUGGAAAAGCUGGUCCGACUCCGAGGGAUAACAAGAAGACAGUUGGACUGCAGUUUCGGCAGUCUCUUCAACUGCUGAUGGACACACUAAAUGCCACGACUCCUCACUAUGUACGCUGCAUAAAGCCUAAUGACGACAAAUCUCCAUUCAUCAUGGACCCUGUGAGGGCCGUUCAGCAGCUUCGGGCAUGUGGCAUCCUCGAAACAAUCCGGAUAUCAGCAGCAGGCUUCCCAUCGAGAUGGACCUAUCAGGAAUUCUUCAGUCGUUAUCGGGUCCUGAUGAAGCAAAAGGAUGUGCUCUCUGACAGAAAACAAACCUGCAGAAAUCUCCUGGAAAAACUAAUAAAGGACCAAGAGAAGUAUCAGUUUGGCAAAAACAAGAUCUUCUUCCGGGCUGGUCAGGUGGCGUACCUGGAGAAGCUUCGUUUUGACAAGCUGCGUAAUGCUUGUGUUCGCAUCCAGAAGACUAUCCGCUGCUGGCUCGCUCGCAAAAAGUACCUGAGGAUGAAGCAAUCUGCUCUCACCAUACAGAGACAUGUCCGGGGUCACCAGGCACGCUGUUAUGUGAAGUUUUUGCGAAGAACCAGAGCAGCUGUUGUCAUUCAGCGUAAUGUGCGUAUGUGGGCGACCAGGAGAAGCUACCAGCAGCAGCGCUCUGCAGCCAUUGCUAUUCAGUGCAUCUUGAGGGCCUACAUGGCUAGAAAGCAGUACUUUAAGUUGAUGUAUGAACAAAAAGCAGUUAUCAUCCAGAAAUGGGUGAAAGGCUGGCUGGUUAGACGGCGUUACCGACGCACCCUGGCAGCCAUCGUGCUGCUGCAGAGCUGUGUGCGUCGCCUGAGGGCCAAGAAGGAGUUAAAGAAGCUGAAGGUGGAGGCCCGCUCUGUGGAGCGCAUCAAGAAGCUCAACAGUGGCAUGGAGAACAAGAUUAUGCAGUUGCAGCACAAGAUAAAUGAGCAGCACAAAGAAAACAGAGAGCUCAGUGAGAGGCUGACUGUUAUGCAGAAGACUCAGACCACUGAGAGAGAGAAGCACAGCAGAGAGAUUGAAAACCUACGCAGAUCAGAGCAGGAGGCCAAAAGCAAGGCAGCGACGCUUCCCUCGCUCCUGGAGCAGCUCUCCUUCCUCCAGCACCAGCUGGAAGACACACGCAGAGAGAACACACACCUCACAGAGCAGACCAAGGUCUACAAGGAGCACACACAACAGAUGGUAGAAGACCUUAAUAGGAAGAACACUCUGUUGAACAGCGAGAAAGAUGAACUGAACCAAAUACUCCUGGAACAAACCAAUCAGCUAACAGAAAUCAAAACCAACGUUGAGAAUGCAGACCAGCUGGAGAAGGACCUAACUGAAGAGCGCUCUCGCUACCAAAGUCUGCUGAGCGAACACCUGGAUCUGGAGGAGCGGCACCGAGACCUGACGGAGGAGCUGAACCUCAGCAUUAGUUCGAGCAAAUUUAGUCACACCAGGCCAGACUCCAACUACAGCAGCAACUCAUCUGGGUUCGGUCAGAGCUUAGGCUCCACUGAGGGAGAGGACAGCCCAAUCACACCAGAGCAGGAGACCCCGGCAGCGGUAGACUUGCCGGUCCUGCUGAAGUUCCAGAGAAGAGUGAAGGAACUGGAGCAGGAAAAACACUCUCUGUGGCAGCAGCUGGACAAGGGAGAAGAAGCCCAGCAAGAAAAGGCCAAAGAGGUGGAGGUGCAGAGAACUGUUGGCCGAGCAGAACUGGAUUUGGAAACACUAAAGCGGCAAGAACUGGAGUCUGACAACAAGAAGUUGAAGCAGGAUCUGAAUGAGCUGCGGAAUUCUCUGACCAAUGAGAACAGUGAUAUGGCGCCCCCUGCUGCUGGCUCUAUGUCCUACAACAUCCUGCUGGAACAACUCACUUCUUCCAAUGAGGAGCUGGAUAUGCGAAAAGAGGAAGUGCUGCUCCUCCGCUCACAUAUGGUCCGCCAAGAAGCUCUCAAAUACAAGGACUCUGCGCUCGGGGAAAGGGUGAAUUUGGACCUCAAUGACGUUCCCUCAUUUCAAGAUGUGGACAGGUCCACUGACAUCCACACACUGAAUGAAGACGGGGAGCUGUGGCUGGCUUAUGAAGGCUUGAAAGAGACCAAUAGGAUCGUGGAGUGCCAGAUGCAGCUGCAGCACCGUGUUCACAACGAGGAGAACAGGAAGUUGCAGGAGGAGGUGAGCAGGUUGAAGGUUGAAAAGGAGCAACAGCAGAGGCUGCUGGUCCAGAGCCUCCUCCUGCCUGAAGGCGCCCGUAUCGAUGCCAGUCUGAAGCACGAGAUCACACGGCUCACCGAUGAGAACCUGGAACUCAUGAAGAAGCAAGAGCAACAGAACCAAACCAUGCGCCAGCUGAAAAGAGAUCUCAAAUGUUAUAUUCAAAAAGUUGAAGAUGUUGAAGCGAGUUCACAGCAAAAGAGUAAGACCGCCGUGAUGACUGCUCCUGUCAGAGCAGUGAAUAUCACCCGCAAGGAGAAAGAGUACCGGGGCAUGUUGGAGUACAGGGGGGGCGACGAGAGCCGCCUGCUCAAGAAUCUGGUCUCAGAUCUGAAGCCACGAGGCGUAGCGGUCAACUUCAUUCCUGGCCUUCCGGCUUACAUCAUCUUCAUGUGCGUGCGAUAUGCAGACAAUGUGAAUGACGAUCAGAGAGUCAGCACGCUGCUUAAUUCCACCAUCAGCAGCAUCAAGGGGGUCAUAAAGAGGAAAGGACAUGAUUUUGAAAGGGUGUCUUUCUGGCUGGCCAACACAUGCCGAUUAAUGCACUGUCUGAAGCAGUACAGUGGAGACGAGGUGUUCAUAACACACAACACUCCUAAGCAGAAUGAGCAGUGCCUCGCCAACUUUGAGCUGUCGGAGUACCAGCAGGUCUUUGGUGAUCUAGCUAUCCAAAUCUACCGGCAGCUCAUCAAAUGCACAGAGAACAACCUGCAGCCCCUGAUCGUGGCUAGCAUGCUGGAGCACGAAACCAUCCAAGGUAUUCUGGGCUCCAAACCCACCGGCCUGAGGAAGAGGAGCAGCAGUUCCUCAGAGGCGGCUGUAACCGUGGAGGUCCUGCUGCAGCGCCUCGGCCUCUUCUACACCACCAUGUGUCAGCACGGGAUGGACUUGGAGCUCAUCAAACAGCUGGUCAAGCAGCAGUUCUACAUCAUCUGUGCGGUCACACUCAACAACCUGCUGCUGCGGAAGGAAAUGUGCUCCUGGAGUAAAGGCCUGCAGAUCAGGUACAAUGUCUGGCAGUUAGAGGAGUGGCUGGCGGAGCGGGAGAUGGCCGACUGCGGAGCCAAGGAGACUCUGGAGCCGCUGGUUCAGGCUGCUCAGCUCCUCCAGAUCAAGAAGAAGACGGAGGAGGACGCCCAGGCUAUCUGCGUCAUGUGCACCGCGCUCACCACAGCACAGAUUGUAAAACUGCUGACCUUGUACACUCCAGUGAUUGAGUUUGAAGAGCGAGUGUCAUCCACGUUCCUCACAACUCUUAACAACCUUUUGAAAGACAGAGACGAGUCGUCCACUUUGUUGAUGGACGCCAAGAAGAUCUUCUCCGUCUCCCUCCCCUUCACACCCUCCUCUGUGGCUCUGGAGACCAUCCAGAUCCCCGCCAGCCUCAAUCUGGGCUUCCUCGCCCGCAUCUAGACCAGAAACCUCUGAGACUGAAUUGUGUUUACGAGAGGAAAAACACCAAAGUCUCUACACGUUGUAAUGUCACUGAUUACUGCAGGACUGCUGCAGAAUUAGACGACUUUGUUUACAUGCAUCUAUGUUAUAGCUUUUCAGCACUGCACAGCCAAAGACUCAGAACUGAAUGAAUCUGCAAGAAAUGUUUUUUUAAGGUCAUCUAUUGCCACGCCUCGUAUUGCUAAAACAGGUAUUCACAAUGUUCCCAAUAUAAGAUAUAAGUAAGGACAUUUGACAAAUCAUAAAACAUGCAAGUUUGUUGGGAUAGAUGAAUGUAUCCUAGGACUGUUUUGAUGGACAAAUCUUAAAAAAAAAAAGGCCAACCGAUUUAAAUGUUAAAAUGUCUGAAGAUGAGAUUCUGUUUUAUUUCUGUAACUUCAUAUAUUUCUGUAACGACUAAUAUAAAAUAUGUAUUUCACAGUU